UGUUACACAAUGCUUAAUUAUAUAUAAGUAAAAGAUACGUGUAAGUUGUCACAAUAUGAAGAGGAGUUGAAUUAAAAGCCCCAAACCAAGAUGAAAUAUUCUAUAUUUAUUUUGCUUCUCAUUGUUGAUGUUGCGUUGUCAAUUCAAUGCACUCACGAGGCAUCAUCGAAGUGUGCGUCAACUUAUACAACAAUUGAUUCAACAGCGAGAUUCUGCAAACAGUACAACAAUUUUGCUAAAUGUUCCCGAGAAUUAGGCAAAUAUUGUAGAAGAUUUUAUGACUUUGUGCAUUUCCAUAAGUGUGUGGCAGGUACGACGAAGAAACCAAAAGCUUCCAGUACCAGAAUUGGGGGGAAGAUCGAAUCAGUAUUCGUCACUGCGGUUGUAUCUCUAAUACUCAUACAAAUAUAAAUAAAUAUUAUGUAAAUACAGCAUA